AUGAGAGAAUUUGUUCCUACUGUUCCAUUCCCUCAAAGGUUGAAGAAAAAAGAGCAAGAAAAGCAAUUUGCAAGAUUUCUUGAUGUAUUUAAAAAGCUCCACAUCAAUAUUUCGUUUGCUGAAGCAUUGGAGCAAAUGCCAAGCUAUGCUAAAUUCAUGAAGGACUUGCUGUCUAGAAAAAGAAAGCUUCAAGAAGAUGAAACAAUAAUGCUCACAGAGGAGUGUAGUGCAAUAAUUCAACAAAAAUUACCUCCCAAGUUGAAGGAUCCAGGAAGCUUUGUAAUCCCAUGUGAGAUUGGAAAUUUAAUGGUAAGCAAGGCAUUGUGUGACCUUGGAGCAAGCAUCAAUUUGAUGCCCUUGUCCAUUUUUAAAAGGUUGGGCAUUGGAGAAGUGAAGCCUACUAUGAUAACUCUACAACUAGCCGACCGUUCAGUAACUUGUCCUUAUGGUGUAGUGGAGGAUGUCUUAGUAAAGGUGGAUAAAUUUAUUUUCCCAACUGACUUUGUGGUGCUUGACAUGGAGGAAGAUGCUAAAGUCCCAAUUAUAUUGGGAAGACCAUUUUUAGCCACAGGGAGAGCAUUGAUAGAUGUCCAACAAGGUGAGUUGAUGUUGAGAGUGGCUAAUGAAAAAGUUACUUUUUCUAUAAACGAAGCUUUGAAGCUUUAUGCGCCGGGCAAGCUUGAGAAUGUGAGCCUCUGGAUGGCCCACAUCGGGCGUGGUGAGAGGGCGCUAGGCGCGAUAUCAGUAGGUGACUUGUGCUUUGUGGUUCUGGUGUGGCGUCGGGCGUGA